AUGUCUUUGUGUCCGACGAGUCAUAAGACUGUCAUUAUAUUAGACGAAAGCAAUUACUUCUUGGAGACGAGUUGUGAGCAGACGUUUGACUUCGAUGUGGUCAACAAAUCUCGACAGCCGUCGGGAAUCAUCCCAUUGUCGCCGAUCGGCAAAUCUUUGUGGACCUGUUCUGUGGAAGCGGUGGCCGAGUAUUGCCGUAUCGUUUGGGAUAUCUAUCCGUCGGGCGAACGACUGAUUCAGUUCGUGGUCUGCGGAUCCGAUUCGGCCGCCAAUUGCAACGACUGGAACAGCGAUGACCAGAACCUCCAGAAGUGUAUGGAAUGGAUGGCCAAAAGCGGAUCAAUGGCUCACUUGAAGGCUAAACACCAGAAGAGAGCCGAAAGAAGUCAAAUACUGAACGGCUUUCAUAAAGCGAUUGAAUCGCUUUCGGUGUCAACUCAUCUCCAAGACUAUCACCGAAACGGCGACUCUUCUGCCGCUCUCCCAAAUGGCGGGCGAAUUGUCUGUAUUUCUUCGUUUCGAAACGACUCUCACAUCAAAUCAGUCGAGGAUUCGGUCAAAGAGUUGAUAACCGAAAGAAAUGAAUUGAUUUUAAAGCAAAGAAAAGUGGAUCCAAAAUGUCAGUUAUUGACGACAACUUUCUGCGAAUUGGUUUUUAUCAAUACGUUUCCCAUCGAAGACCAGUCGACCACUUCUAAGAUCAUUGAAAUACCGAGACAUCAGUUGAACUCAUUUAUCUCAUCCGAAGUUUAUUCAGUAAAAUCGGGUCGUUUUCUGGCGUCAAAACUGUCGGCAUUAGUGUUGAAUCACUACGAGUUGGCCUCCACUACAGUCACCGGUAUUCCCAUGAAAGAGGAGCAGAACGCCAGCUCUUCAGCCAACUAUGACGUGGAGAUCUUGCACUCAAACAAAGCGCACUCCGACUCAUUCAGAUCUGGACUUAUUAACAAUGAAGACGUUUGUAUGCAAACAAGUAAUGAUUACCACACAAUCAAACUCCGAUGGAUAACUCCCCGAACCAAUGCUCUUGAGCUCCACUACUGUACGACCGCUCAUAGGAUCACAUCUGUCGAUGUGAACAGUCGACCGGCCAGUUGUCUAACAAACUUCUUGCUGUCUGGACGGACAGUGAUGUUAGAGAUGCCGCGACUGAAGGGCAAAAUCAUGUCUCACAUGCUGUCCAGCCAUUGCGGAGAACUCUAUAUCCAUACGUUAGGCACCAGUCGUUCAAUACUGGAAGACCCGCCCUCUAUAAGUGAAGGAAGCGGUGGUCGAGUGACUGACUAUCGGAUCAAUGAUUUCGGAGAAAUGAUGAAAAGGAAUCGUUUGGUUGCCUGUCGUCCGAUUCACGGCUCCAAUAAAGAGAUCAUCGAAAAGGCGAAGCAUUCGUUGGCUAAACAAACCAUUUAUUGGCCGCUUGUUAUCGGAAACACAAUCUUAUUUAAUAUUCAAAUCCAAAUCCAAAACUUUCUCAAUUUAGUACCAAAAGAGUAUUUAACAGAAGAGGAGGUCAUGGAGUGUAAGAAAUCAAUCUAUCAUUUGGUGGGAAUGGAGAGCAAAGGGACGAACCUUCCGGUGCCCACAAUCGGCAUCAAAGGCAAGGGUCCCAAAAGGGAAGAGUUAUAUCGCAUG